GGCCGCAUGCUCGGGCAGAAGUGGGUCACGGCGCGGCGGAGGGGCAGGUGCCAGAGCCGCCCGGUGCCGCCCGGUGCUUCCCGGUGCCGCCCGGUGCCUCCCGGUGCCGCCGCUCCCCGCCGCGCCCCGCGCCGCUCCGGACCCCCGCGCCGCCCCAUGCGCCCCCCGGCGCCCUGACCGCGGCGGACACGAUGCGAGCCCAAAUCGAGGUGAUCCCGUGCAAGAUCUGCGGAGACAAAUCCUCAGGGAUUCACUAUGGUGUUAUCACCUGCGAAGGCUGCAAGGGUUUCUUUCGGAGGAGCCAGCAGAACAACGCCAGCUACUCCUGCUCCCGGCAGAGGAACUGCCUGAUCGACCGCACCAACCGCAACCGCUGCCAGCACUGCCGCCUGCAGAAAUGCCUGGCGCUGGGCAUGUCCCGCGACGCGGUGAAGUUCGGCCGCAUGUCCAAGAAGCAGCGGGACAGCCUCUAUGCCGAGGUGCAGAAGCACCAGCAGAGCCAGGAGCAGAGCGGGGGCGCCAAGGAUGAGCCCGAGCCCCUGAGCCGCGUCUACACCACGAGCGUCAGCAGCGGCCUCUCGGACCUGGAUGACAUCUCCACGCUGUCGGACGGGCUCCUCUUCGACUUCCCCCUGACCCCCGAUGGCAGCAGCACCUACUACAACCUGGACCUGCUGACCUCGGCGCAGCCCUCGCCCGACCAGUCCAGCCUGGACGUGGCUGAUGCCACGCUCAUCAAGCAGGAGUCCAUCUACGAGCUGAUGCUGGAGCCGGCGCUGCUGGCACACGGGGCGCUGGAGGGUGCCCAGCUGCCCCCUGACAUCUCUGUCCUGGAGAUUGACCGGGUGGCCCAGAACGUGGUGAAGUCGCACCUGGAGACGUGCCAGUACACAACGGAGGAGCUCAAGCGCCUGGCGUGGAGCCUCUACUCCCCCGAGGAGGUCCGUGCCCUGCAGAGCAAGAGCUGCGAGGCCAUGUGGCAGCAGUGCUCGCUGCAGAUCUCCAACGCCAUCCAGUACGUGGUGGAGUUCGCCAAGCGCAUCGACGGCUUCAUGGAGCUCUGCCAGAAUGACCAGAUCAUCCUCCUGAAAGCCGGUUGCCUCGAGGUGCUCCUGAUCCGCAUGAUCCGCGCCUUCAACCCCCUGAACAACACCGUCCUCUUCGAGGGCAAGUUCGGAGGGAUGCAGAUGUUCAAGUCUCUCGGCUGUGACGACCUCAUCGGUGCCAUCUUCGAGCUGGGGAGGACCCUGUGCCGCCUGCAGCUGUCAGACGAGGAGCUCGCCCUCUUCACUGCUGCUGUCCUGCUGUCCCCAGACCGUCCGUGGCUGACCGAGUCCAAGAAGGUGCAAAAGCUCCAGGACAAGAUCUACGUGGCCCUGCAGCACGAGAUCCAGAAGAAACACUCCGCUGAGGACAAGCUCUCAAAGAUGGUUUCCAAGCUGCCCUUGAUGAAGACCAUUUGCAACCUGCACUUGGACAAGCUGGAAUUUUUCCGUCUCGUGCACCCUGAGACUGCCAUGAACUUCCCCCCCCUCUAUAAGGAGGUUUUCAACUCGGAGCUUCAGUACAGCGACCCCCGGGAGAGCUAAGGCUGGGAGCCAGCGGCCCCCUUCGAGCUCCCCAAAACUUGGAGACAAACUGCACUUCAGAGGUUUGGGGCAAUUAAUUUAAAUCAAAUAAUCAAACUCAAGAGAACCCCGGGGGGGCUGCGGUGCCUCCCUGGCCCCGUCUCCUCGCUGUGGAUUGCAAUAGCUCUUGAAUGUAAAGCACCUUGAAGGAAAAAGCAAAUGGACUUUGCCAUACCAGUGAAAUGAAUGUGAAAUUUCUGCUUGGGAGAGGAGAUGCUCCUGGCAGUGGUGAGGGACCGGCUGCUCCUGGUGACACAGGAGGAGGGAGUGCCCUUCCUGCUGUCCUGGCUGCACUCUCCACCUCCCAUUUUUAUUUCUUUAUUUUUUAAUUAUUAUUUUUAUUUUAUUGGGUUUUUUUAACCCAAACACUAGGCAUGGGAUAAAGAAGGGGCAAUGCUGACUCGGCUGGGUCGGGUUGGGGCUGGAGCUGAGGAGAGGGAAAAGACAGAGCCUUUGCUUUAUUUCAUCUCCCAUGGGUCUGGCUGUGGCUGGUGGGGGAUUCAGCACAAGAUUUUCCUGUGGAGGAGGCUGGUUUGAGGGAAAAGAUGCCCAGUGCAACAGGGGGAAAGUUUUGCAGGGUCUCCAUGCCCUCCAUCACAACAUUUUCCCCAAUUCUCAUCCAGCUGGGUGACCACUGGACUUUGCAGAGCUGGUUCAGCAGGUUCACCUGCCUCGUGCCACCUUUGUGCAUCCCAAAAUCUUUUCCAGGGCCAUGGGACUGCAGCCAGAGCCCAAAUCCUGGCCAUCCCACCCCAGAGGCCCCUGGAGGGGCUCCAGGGCUGUCCCUGUCCUCAUGGUGGCUGAGCAGUGGUGGCUCUCUGGGUGCUGCUGUUGUGUGCAGUUCUUUUAUCAAUCCCAUUAAAACUGCCCCAUGGUUCAGCACCCAGAGAAGGUCUGUGACCCUUCCUCCACCCAGCCCAUUCCCAGGUUCUCCCUUCCCACACCACACACAGGAGCAGGACGUGGCUCCUGCUGCUGCAGGUUGAGUUGGACCCAGGCUUUCCCCCCAGUGAGCUCCCUAGAACUGUUAUUUUGGGGGUUGUUCUGGAGUUAGCAGGAUUUAGGAGCUUUUUAGGGGGAGAAACUGCCUGUUUGAGUUAGGGGAAGUGAAAGGUCCUUAUUCCUUCCCUUCAAGGAAUAAGGGUAUUUGGAAGGAAUGUGGUGUUUGGGACCCGCUGCUCCUUUUGGGAGACUCAAAAAGGGAUGAAGGGAAGGAUUUGUGGGGUGAUGCUGUUCUAGGCCACAGCAGCAGGGGAUGUGUGAGAGACUCUGUGGCUCUGCAGAUGGAUUUUUCCGUCCUUGUUCCUGCUCCCGCUGCAGCAAAUGCCAAAAAACUACAAGGGAAAAAUCUGCUCUGAGGCAGCCCCAGUUUCUGCUGACAAAGGGCUAAAAUCCCAAGCCCCUUUCCUGCUCUGUGCUGAUUCCUCGUGCACCCAAUCCCAUCCUCCAGCAGCUCGGGUCAUCCCCAAGCGUGAGCCAAAACCUUCGGAUCCAGAACUGCACCCUUUAAACCAGCAGCUUUCUGUGUGACGUGAGGGAUAUUCCUGCUUUUGUAAAAACACCUCCUAGGGAAGCCCAUGGACCAGCCUUGGCGAGGGAAGACUCCCCAGGAAGCUGAUGGGAUUUGCGCUCCGUUUGAAGGCAGAGGGAAAUGUGGGAGCGCGUUCCUCCCCGGCAUCUGCGUGCAGCCCUGAGCUCCCUGGGUUUGCUGACCACAUCCAAACUGCUUCUGGGAGCAGAUUGGAGCCUGCCAGCCUUGGCUCCCUCCCUGCUGGAGCCAGCUCUCUGGGGAAAGGCUGCCAGCCCUCCCACGGCCCCGCGCGACGUCCAGUGCCAAUGCGCCGCUGCCCAGCGCGGCGCCCACGGCGUGGGGAUGUGCCCAGCUCCUCUCCAAAGCUUGGACAGAAGCGAGAAGUCAGUACUGCCUUUUACAUCCAGAGGGUUGUGCCUUUUUUUUUUUUUUUUUCUUUUUUUUUUUUUUUUGGAAGCAUCAUUUCCGCCAGCACCGCUCACUUCCCAGGAGAAGCACCCCCAGAACACGACUGCGCUUCUGCCGCGCUCGGAGGGAGCAGCCCGUGGGUGUUUGGAGACGUUUGGGGAAAAACAGAAAAAAAAAAGAAAAAAGCACACACCCUUCUUUACCCCCUCAGUAUUCCUCACACCGAUGGUCAACACCACCGACUUCAUUUCAUCCGGCAAAGAACCCAGGCAAGCACCUUAACCCGGGAGCGGCGCUGCUCUGGCUCACCACACCGCGCCCACCCCGUGGGGAGAGAUUCUGGAUAUUCUGAGCAAUAAGAGCCCCCCGUGGGAACCUAGGGAAGACUGGAAGUAUUAAACACGUGUAACUCGACCUGCCAAACCGCGGGAACCUGCACUUUUCAGUUCUCUUUAAAGGAACCGACUUGAUUUGAUGAUUUUUUUUUGUUUGUUUGUUUUUUGUUUUUUUUUUUGUUUUUGUUUGGGAGGGGAUAAAGUGAUUCGGUGUCGAUUCGGUGAUUCCUGGGCUGGGAUGGGAGCCAUGCAUGGGAAGGGAUGGCAGGGGAUGGCAGCCCCUGCUCUGGGCUCACCAGGGCUGUGCCAAGGCUCCUCACCCCUCUGAGCCAUGCAGAGCUCGCAGGGAAAGGGUGAAUGACAAAACCUGGGCAGAAAUGCCCGAAAAAGGGAGAUUUCUGCUCUCCCCUGUGGCCAGUGGGGAGGGUGCCCAGGAGCCCUGAUCCCCCCUGGCUCUGGUGCUCCGUGCUCAGAGACAUUCCCAUCCCAACAAGGGAUGUUCCUUUCCAACAGCCCUGGGCAGCCUCGGCUGCCAGUGAUGGCUCUUUUCCAGACCAAGAUUAAUUUAGUGUUUGUUUGUCUGCUCUGGCAGUUUAGCUGAGUGUCCAUUUCCACCCACAGAACCCUCACACUGUGUAUAAAGAUGGAUCAAAAAUAUAUAUAAUAUAUAUUCUUGUGAAUGUUGGUGCAAAAGAGAAAAAUAUAUAAAGUUGCAGUCGGUUUUAUGUUAUUUUUUAUCUCUAUGAAUGAAAGGAAGAAAUGGAAAACCUUUUAUUUCCAUUUACCACCCCUCCACACACACCUACCUGUAGAUACCAACAGGUUUUAUGGAAAUGUUUUACUUUUUAGAUUUAGGAAAAUGCUUCUGUUCUCAUUGAAUGUUCUGUCUUGUAAGAUUGUAAUUUCUAUUUUUUUAAAGAAAAAAAAAUAACUAAAUAAAAUUUCCUCUUUCAGACCAGUCAGCUUAGGAAGGGAGGGCAGGGGAGGGAGAAACGUUUAUUUAAGGACAAAAACUGUUGUCGGAAUUUUUCAUAACAUUAAAUAAAAAGUAAUAUAAUGUA